CUCCCGCCGGCGCCGCAGGGGAGGAGCUGCGGCCGAGUCGGGCGGAGAACAAAACAAAGCCGCGCUCCGGGUCGGCGUCUGAACAGCCGCCAAGAGGAGCGAAUCCGGUUUGGGCGCAAUGGCACCCCGGGGCGCGCAGACGAGGGCCAGGAGCUAAAGCGCCUUCAGCAUCUUUGGGCAUCAGAGUGAGUUGAAUGAUUGCGGUUGGGGGUUGUCCCCAGGGGAAGCAGGGUUCCUAACCCGGGGGUAGGGCACGAUGUUUCCCUCCCCCGAGGUCAAACCAGGGCAGUUAUUGUUUUAAAACCCUCCUUUCCUUUCCCAGCUUAAUUUCUUGAUGCUAGCUCCAUAGGUUUAUCGUACUAGCCAAAGGCCAGGGUGAUAAAAAUUCGUGAUGCUAAGUACAAUAUAUUUAUAAAUUUUAUAUACCGCUUGAUUUUUUUUAAAAAAAACCUUCUCAAAAGCCGUUUCCAAAAGGCAAAACGAUAAAAUUAGCACAAAAAACUACAACAAUAAUUUAAGGUAAAAUAGCAAUAGACUAAAAACAGAUUAAAACUUGCAUCAUAAUAAUCUGGGGAGGCUGGCGUAAAAAUGUUUUUAGCCGGCACCGAAAAAGAGGAGAGUGAAGGCUCCCGCCUGAUUUCAAGUGGCAGGGAGUUCCAAAGUGCAGCCACACAAGAAGUUUGAGUUAUUCCUAUCUAUCAUUAUUCCUUGAUGAUUGUCUUGCAAAUGAAAUGGAGACCACCUGGGGCUUAGGUUUAUCAGGAGGCUGUUUAUCAGCAAGCCCCCAUCCCACCGAAGGCCUUGGGUGUGGUUCCUCCUUUCUUACAAAAUAAAAAAAGCCACUCUGCCUGUGCUCAGAGGCCUUCCUGUGUCCCAGAACUUCCCCCAGGCUUGAAAAAAAUAGGUAAUGAUUCAGCCUGGGGAAAACCUUAUUAUUAAGUGGAGUUUGGUAGGGAGGAUUUUUUUUUGUUCAUUCUCUUUGAUGGUAUAUCAAAUGUGUUUUGAUGGGUGGGAGAAGAUGAAUCGUGGCCCACUGCAACUGCUCCUCUUUUUACAAGACCUAAUUAUGUACAAGUGGCUUCCUUCAUUUCCAGACCUCUGCAAAGGUGGAAAGCAGUGAUAAACAAGAGUAACUCUGGGCAUGUGCCGAGUAUAUUCCUCCAUCUUUGCUCAAAGCCAGUUUGGAAUUCGCUUCUUUGUGUUCCACCUGCUAGAUCUGUCCUGGGGAAGGUCAUUGUGGUUGCGAUUCUGGCUCUUUUUUUUCUUUCUUUUUUUUGCAACUCUCUUUAUUUUUUUGAAACAGUCUCCCUGUUCUUGCAGUGAUCAAUAGAGGCUAACCCAAAAGUUCUGGCCCCUAGCUAUAGCAGAGUAGAUUUCCCCCAUCAAAUUUCCAUCAGGCCAAACCCUCAAUGUCCCUUUGGGGCAGUUCCUUCUUGGUUACUGUGAGAGAGCAGGAUACUCUCUAAAUCAUGGGCAGGCAAACUAAGGCCCGGGGCCCGGAUCCAGCCCAAUUGCCUUCUAAAUCCAGCCCGCGGACGGUCCGGGAAUCAGCGUGUUUUUACAUGAGUAGAAUGUGUCCUUUUAUUUAAAAUGCAUCUCUGGGUUAUUUGUGGGGUCUGCCUGGUGUUUUUACAUGAGUAGAAUGUGCCCUUUUACAGUGGUACCUCAGGUUACAGACGCUUUAGGUUACAGACGCUUCAGGUUACAGACUCCGCUAACCCAGAAAUAGUACCUCGGGUUAAGAACUUUGCUUCAGGAUGAGAACAGAAAUCGUGUGGCGGCGGCGGGAGGCCCCAUUAGCUAAAGUGGUACCUCAGGUUAAGAACGGACCUCUGGAAUGAAUUAAGUUCUUAACCUGAGGUACCACUGUAUUUAAAAUGCAUCUCUGGGUUAUUUGUGGGGCAUAGGAAUUUGUUCACCCCCCCCCAAAAUAUAGUCCGGCCCUCACAAGGUCUGAGGGACAGUGGACCGGCCCCCUGCUGAAAAAAUUUGCCGACCCCUGCUCUAAAUUCUCCAAGUGAUCUUUGUCCAUGAGGGCUGGUGGUUUUGUGACCUCUUUUCCACCCGGAUCUGUAGAAUGAAAAACAGCCUUUUGUCCUCACCUAGAACAAACCAGGGAUGUGGGGCUGGGGAGACGCCACUGGACUUCUUCUCAGACAAACAUUCGGAUAGCAAACCAGGUCACAGUGUGGUAAAUACUGAAGUGGUUUGUCACCCUCUUGUUUACACACACCAAGGUGAAGCGCUCCAGAAUCUGGUCUUGCCUUUGGACUCCAGUCAGAAAGUUUUGUGGUUUUUUUUAAAAAAAGCUUUUUACUUUCUUGUUUGGCUAGCAAAAAAGAAAAAAAGAAGGAAAAAGAAUGCAGCUUUGGAAGACCAAACUCUCUCUCUCCCUUUCUCUCUCUCUCUCUGUGUCAGAAUGAAAAAUAAAUUUUGUGCUGAAAUGACGAUUUCUCUGUGCCUGCAAAGCAAGAAUAUGUGCUGGGGUGGGCAAUUCUUGCCGGCUAAAGUCCUCUCUCUUUUUCUUUGCUUGUGGGAUUGUGAAAGGGUUCCCUGCUCACGAGUGUGAUUCUUUCUUGAGCUUUUUUUUCAGUAUGCAAAUCAGCUGUCCAGAUCCCAGAAAAAGUGCUUUGCAAGAGUAGCUGCUUGGGACAGUGCCCAGGGAGGGGAGGGGCGGGUUUGAAAGAGAUGGGGGAUUUCCCUAGACAUUUGGGUCCAGGCUGGUAGUUGGAGAUACACUACCCCUGAACUAGGAGGCUUCAUUAAGCCCUAGUGGCAAAUAGCUGUACUGGCUUGCAUCCAAUGUUAAGAGUAGACCAGGGGUAGGCAACCUAAGGCCCAGGGGCCCAAUUGCCUUCUCAAUCCGGCCCACGGACAGUCCGGGAAUCAGCGUGUUUUUACAUGAGUAGAAUGCGUGAUUUUAUUUAAAAUGCAUCUCUGGGUUAUUUGUGGGGCAUAGGAAUUCGUUUAUUCCCCCUCCCCCCCAAAAAAAAUAUAGUCCGGCCCCCGCCACAUGGUCUGAGGGACGGUGGACUGGCCCACGGCUGAAAAAGGUUGCUGACCCCUGGAGUAGACCAACCACACAGUUUGGCUAAUUUAGGUUCAUUCAUUUCAGUGGGUCUGCUUAGUUGGAUAAAGGUAAAGGUAAAGGGACCCCUGACCAUUAGGUCCAGUCAUGACUGACUCUGGGGUUGUGGCGCUCAUUCCGCUUUAUUGGCCGAGGGAGCCGGCGUACAGCUUCCGGGUCAUGUGGCCAGCAUGACUAAGCCGCUUCUGGCGAACCAGAGCAGCGCAUGGAAACGCCGUUUAGCUUCCCGCUGGAGCGGUACCUAUUUAUCUACUUGCACUUUGAGGUGCUUUCGAACUGCUAGGUUGGCAGGAGCAGGGACCGAGCAACGGGAGCUCACCCCGUCACAGGGAUUCGAACUGCCGACCUUCUGAUCGACAAGUCCUAGGCUCUGUGGUUUAACCCCCAGCGCCAUCCACUUGCUUAGUUGGAUACAACCCUUUAAACUAGCCUUCCCCAAGCUGAUUCCCUCUAGAUGUUUGUUUAGCAUUCUAGGUUAAAAUUAUAGAUUGAAAUUUGUGCCUGAGAAGGCUUUACCUAAAGGGAAAAGUUUUUCGCAGGUGUCAGGAAGAAUACAAUUUAGACAUUUGACCAAUGUCAAUUAGCAGGGAGUUUCAGAGUGCAGCCACACUAAAAGACUGGUUCCUAUGACACUUAUUUCUUUCCUUUCUUCCUUGGCAGGUUCACAGUUCGGCUAUGGACAAAUAAUCCUGCCUCUUAUGUUUCGUGUGACUUCUGCGGCCUAGCCUCCCUUUCCCUAAAUUCCCUAAAUUGAGCCUUUGCUCAGAUACGCACAAUGCCGGUUCAUCUGCAAAUGAUCGGUUCCCUGAGCAUGAAUUUUUCCGAUUGCCCCAAUGGCUCCCAGUGGGUUUGGGAGAUAUUCCACGAAUGUGCCCAGGAUGGCUGGGACAUAUCCAGUGUGGUGCUGGGCUUACUCUCCAUCUUCUGCUUUGCUGCGGCGUCUUUCCCGUAAGUAACAAAAAGCAAAAACAACAACGGUUGCUUCCUCUUUGGUUGCCUUGCGUGAUCAUAACUCCUAAUUGAAGAACUCAACAACCCACUGCUGGAAUGACGGGCGAGUUUCUCAUUGCUAACCAACCCUGACACAACAUUUUUUUUUUUUGAGACAUGAGUCACUUCCCGCUCGAGCAAGUCUCCUGCUGCCCUUAGGAAACUCCGAGCUUUCCUUUUCUCCACUUUCUUUGCAAUGGCAGCGACAAAAUCCCUCCAAAUGAGACACGAAGCUCAUGUGGCUGGCUGCAGUCUCGAGCAAGGUAGUGAGCCCUGCGCUGCAACAUUUCGUUGCAGUUCUCACCUACGUUGUCUCUUAAAGUAAAGCCCAGGAAAUAUAUCUACUUAUUACUCACCAAAUGGAUCCAGGGCAGCUUGCAAAAACAUCAUUUAAAAUGAAGUGCAUAGGUGAAGCAGCGGUCGUUACUUGCUUCAGAUGUCUUGAGAAAGAUCGCUCUGUGGAAAAAUGGUUGCCGGCUAGGUGGCCCAUUUGCCCUGAUAUAGCAGCUCUUCUUACAUUCUUAAAUACAUGUCCAUCUUUUUGCCCAGGCUUUCCCUGACCCAAGAUUGAAGACCCUGUCUUUAUUUCUCUGAAUUCCCUGAAAUUUUAUUUGGUUUUUUUUUUUCCUUUUCUGCUCACCAGAACUUAAUUAACCAGGCCUUUGGUUGAUUUGAUUGACAUCGUAUGACCUUUUAAAAUGUGGUGGGUUGUUUUUUUGGGGGUGGAGGUUAUUGGGUUGUUGUUGUUGUUUUUUAUUUUGUUUAUGUAUUUUGUGGUUUUAUAUUUUGAUUUUAUUCUCUGAACUGCCCUGAGACCUCCGGGUAUAGGGCGGUAAUAUAAAUUUGACAAAUAAAAUAAAAAAUAAACAAAUGUUUUGCUGUAUACAGCUUGCAUUUUUGUUUCAGCGAUGUUACUUGCUUGUUCUUGCAUCCUACACUUUUUAGAGAUUAAAAAAUAUCAUGCAGUUUAUGCAUACUUUUAAAUAAAUGAAUGUAAAAUAAAACCCAUAAAACUAACUAAUAUCAAAGUAGCAAAACAGAAGCACAGAACUAUCUCUAUAUAUAAAAAGCAAUAUUGUAACCGUGUGUGUAUAUGUAUCUGUGUGUGUCUACAUGCAGACUUCUACAAUAUUCCUUUUUUUUGACUGGGGAUCUGGUUACCUGGAGAUAUAAUUUGCUUGCCCUAGGUGACCAAGCAAAGCUUGACCAGCAAGCCUACUCUAACUGCUUCUUCCUCAAAUGUCUCCCCUCUGCAGCCAAUACUACCUGGCCUGUAAAACUGGGAUUAUGGACCAGGCGUUAUCUGUCUACUUCCUGUUGGGAUGGUUAGGAGGAGACUCUUUAAACCUGAUUGGGUCGUUCUUGGCUGACCAGCUACCACUACAGGUAAGAAGAGCCUUUCUGGAACAGAGUGAACUGAACUGAAAUGGAUGCUCUCAUCCAUGUUUUGUGUGGUUUAAAAUAGGACCACACUGUUCUGUCCUGGUCAGACCUCACCUGGGAGUCCUGUGUCCAGUUCUGGGCAUCCAGUCCAGAUCUGCAUUGGCUCCCAGUACGUUUCCGAGCACAAUUCAAAGUGUUGGUGCUGACCUUUAAAGCCCUAAACGGCCUUGGUCCUGUAUACCUGAAGGAGCGUCUUCACCCCCAUCGUUCAGCCUGGACACUGAGGCCCAGCGCCGAGGGCCUUCUGGCGGUUCCCUCAUUGCGAGAAGUGAGGUUACAGGGAACCAGACAGAGGGCCUUCUCGGUAGUGGCGCCCGCCCUGUGGAACGCUCUCCCUUCAGAUGUGAAGGAAAUAAUAAUAAUAAUAACAACUUUUUAUUUAUACCCCGCCCUCCCCAGCCAAGACCGGGCUCAGGGCGGCUAACAACCAUUAAUAAAAACAAGUUGAUUAAAAUACAAUUUAAAAGAUUAAGAUACAAUAUUAAAACAAUUAGGGAGCAAUCUCAUCAUAGGAGGAUAAAGGAAAAAGAAAAAGGGGGAGGGAAUCAAACUGAUUCUAAGCCAAAGGUCAGGUGGAACAACUCUGUCUUACAGGCCCUGCAGAAAGAGAUCAGAUCCUGCAGGGCCCUGGUCUCAAGAGACAGAGCAUUCCACCAGGCCGGAGCCAGUGUUGAGAAGGCCCUGGCUCUGGUUGAGGCUAAUCUAACUUCCUUAGGGCCCAGGACCUCUAAAUAAGCAGCUAUCUUAUCUUUAAAAAACAUCUGAAGGCAGCCCUGUUUAGGGAAGUUUUUAAUAUUUAACACUGUAUUGUUUUUAACACUCGAUUGUGAGCCGCCCUGAGUGGCUGGGGAAACUCAGCCAGAUGGGUGGGGUAUAAAUAUUAUUAUUAUUAUUAUUAUUUAUCAUCAUUAUCAUCAUCCCAGUUUAAGGAUAUUGACAAGCUGGAAUGGGUGUUGAGGAGGGUGACCAAAGAGGAUCAAGGGCAGGCAUAGGCCAGGUUACCAAAUGUCCGUGGUUCCCAGGGACAGUCCCUGGAUUUGCAAAUCUGUCCCCGAACAAAUUCCGUCCCCGGAAUGUCCCCAGAUUUGCAAAUCUGUCCCCGGGAAACAUGGCAGUGGCAUGCUCAGCAGCCCGGAAUCAGCCUGGUAGCGCAGUUGGCUCUGGCUGGUUUCAGGAGCUGCUUGCUGCCGCCGCCACUGCCGGGGACUUCUGGUGGUACAGAUCUCCUGCCCCCUUCCCCCUUUGUUUUGACAGAUUGGGGGAGGCUCAGGAGUCGUGGGCGGGCGGCCGUUGCCCAGGAGGGGCGCAAGGUGUGCCGUUUCUCUUCCAGGCAAGGUGCAAAGCCCUUCUUUCGAACCCUGCAAAACAUAAAUGUGCAGAGUUUUUUAAAAACUGGGCAACAGCCGCCCACCCGCGACUCCUAAGCCUCCCCCGAUCUGUCAAAACAAAGGGGGGCAAGAGAUCAGGGAGGGCUUGGGAGUCAAGGGCAGGCAGCAUGCCGUUGCCCAGUUUUUUUAAAAACUGCGCAUUUAUGUUUCACAGGGUGCAAAAGAAGGGCUUUGCACCUUUAUACAAUAUGCAUGUGUGCUUGGGCCCAGGGUCUUUUGCCUCACCAUCCCCACUACUGACUCCCUGUUGCUACUCAGAUUCAAAAAAAGAAAAGAAAAAGGGUCCCCGGAUUCAUUGAAAAAAAUCUGGUAACCAUAGCAUAGGCAAACUCCAGCCCUCCAGAUGUUUCAGACUACAAUUCCCAUCAUCCCUAGCUAAUAACAGGACCAAUGGUCAGGGAUGAUGGGAAUUGUAGUCCCAAACAUUUGGAGGGCUGGAGUUUGCCUAUGCCUGAUCAAGGGUCUGGAAACCAAGCCAUAUGAGGAAUGGUUGAGGGAGUUGGGGAUGUUUAGCUUGGAAAAGAGGAGACAUGAUAGCCAUCUGUCUCAAGGGCUGUCACAUGGAAGAUGCAACAAGCUUGUUUUCUCCUGCUCCGGAGGGUAGGACUUGAACCCAUGACUUUAAGUUACAAGACAGGAGAUUCCGACUAAACGUCAGGAAUGACUUUCUGCCUAUAAGAGCUGUUUGACAGGGGAACGGACUUCCUUUGGAAGGUGGCGGGAUGCUCCUUCAUGUGAGGUUUUAAAACACAGGUUGGGUAGUCAUCUGUCAGAGAUUCUUCAGCAGUGAUUCUUGCACUGCACCUUGGGGUUGGGCUAGAUGACCCUCGGGGUCCCUUCCAACUCGACAAUUCCGAGAUUCUGUGGAAAUGAAUUCAGUGAAAGAAUGUGAUUUGUGACUGCAGUUUAGGACAAUCUUUUUUCCAUACUUGAUCACUUUGUGGAAUCGGUAUACCCUGGGUGCAGAAUUUUAAUUCUUUUAAUUUCAGAGUUGCUACUGACAGCCCUCCCUCUUUCUCUCUCUCUCUCUCUCUCUCUCUCUCUCUCUCUCUCUUUCUUUCUUUCUUUCUUUCUUUCUUUCUUUCUUUCUCUGCCACAGGUAUACACAGCCAUCUAUUACGUACUGGCAGACCUGCUUAUGAUGUCUCUCUACCUCUAUUACAAAGUCAAGAACCAGAACAGAACCUGUAAGUUUCAACUCACUAACACGGGCCAAGAAAAGCAGGUUUUGCAGAACAUUAAACAAUUGUAACUUAAAAAAAAACCAACCCAAAACAUUAGCCCUGUUUUCAGGAAAUACUUUCAACACAAGUUGGGGCCCCAUUUAAGGGUUUGGGGCAUGCAACUUAAUUCUAUUUUUUAUCUCUGGGCAUGUGCAGAGUUCUCUGCCCUACUUUGCCUAUGGUUAACGAUGAACCAAAGCGCCAGGGCUGCGAUUUUCCUGGAAGACCCUUUAAACCUUUCUACUCAAUGCUCACCGACUUCCAGGGUGGAAUGCAAGCUGGUAUGGGUGUGCACUCUGUACAUGCUCUAAUGCUCACUUAAUUGACUCCAGGGCUCAACAUCUACCCUGCCACUGCAUAACCACGUUCCUGUCCUAUACAUUUUAACUGUUGUCAAUUUGUAUAGUGCCAUCAGUUUGUGUGAUGCUUUAUAAUACAAAAGGGCAGAUUGUUGUCUCAAAACACCUACAAUCUAAAGUUUGGCAAGGAUUCAUAGAUUAGAAGCCCUGGGUCAAUCUUAAAUCUCAAUCCUUAAAUCUUCCCUCACCCUUUAAAACAAAGGACUUGCCUCUCCAUCUUGUUAAUUUCAUCAAACUUUUUUUUUUAACCAAUCCUUCCUGUAGAUCUGUUAACUCUGUGAACAACUUCCCGGCUGCUGAUAAUGAAUUUAUCUCUUCCUCUUUUUUUGAGAUAUUUUAACACUGUGAGGCUGAAGGUCAGUGGCCGGGUGUCAUUUUGGAACAGUUCCCCUAAAGGAAAAUCUGUUACUGAUGCCAUAAUUCUGGGAAACCCUGUGUACCCCCAAAAAGCCACAGUAGGGCUAAACAUUACUAAUAAUGGUUUAUUAUUGAUUAAUUGCACUUUUUUCCUCUAUUGAGCUCAUGUAAUCCCCACAACAAUCUUGGGAGGUAGAUUAGGCUGAGAGGGCAGUUACUGGCCCCCAGUGAGCCUAAUGACUGAGGGGGCAGAUUUGAACCCUGUUCUCUCCCAUGUUCUGGCAAAACAGUCUAACCAAUAUGCCACACUGCCUCUCAUAUCCCAACUUUCCUCCAAGUGGCAUACGUGGUUCUCCCCGAUCCAUUUUGCCCUCACGAAAACAACCCUGCGGGCUAGAAUAAGCCGAGAGGCAGUGACGGGCCCAAGCUCCCCCAGCGAGCUUUGCGGCUGAGUGGGGGAUUCGAACUCUGCAGUCCCAGGUCCUAGGCUGAUGCUCCAAACCACUAUGCCACACUGCUGAAAAGUUGGGGAAAUUGUCAGGCAGAAGCUUGCUGCUCCGAGGGCCUUCUGGUGGUUCCCUCACUGUGAGAAGUGAGGUUAUGGGGAACCAGGCAGAGGGCCUUCUUGGUAGUGGCUCCCGCCUUGUGGAACGCCCUCCCAUUAGAUGUCAAGGAAAUAAACAACCAUCUGACUUUUAGAAGACAUCUGAAGGCAGCCCUGUAUAGGGAAGUUUUUCAUGUUUGACGUUUUAUUAUGUUUUUAUACAGAGGUCAGCAAACUUUUUCAGCAGGGGGCCAGUCCACUGUCCCUCAGAUCUUGUGGGGGGGCUGGAGUAUAUUUUUUUGGACGGGGAAAUGAAUGAAUUCCUAUGCCCCACAAAUAACCCAGAGAUGCAUUUUAAAUAAAAGCACACAUUCUAGUCAUGUAAAAACACCAGGCAGGCCCCCAAAAUAACCCAGAGAUUCAUUUUAAAUAAAAGGACACAUUCUACUCAUGUAAAAACAUUCUGAUUCCCGGACCGUCCGUGGGCCGGAUUUAAAGGCAAUUGGGCCACAUCCAGCCCCCGGGCCUUAGGUUGCCUACCCCUGUGUUAGACCAUGUGUUGUUAGUUAAUAUUUAGUUGUCAUUGAGAUAUUGUCUUUGUGUUGUUAUAUGAAAAUUGUUUUGCAAUAACAAUUGCAAACCCGUGUUUUAUAUGUCCCAGAGUGGCUGGGGCAACCCAGCCAGAUGGGCAGGAUACAAAUAAUAAAAUUAUUAUUAUUACUUCAGGAAACUUUUUAAGGGGGUUUCCCAUCCCCUUGUUCACAUGCCCCCCCCCCCCCCGGUCAGUUUUCUGGCUUAUCCUAAACUCUGGCCAGUUUUCUGCCUUAUCCUAAACCAACUUCUCUCUUUCCCUCCUCAGUCUCCGCUUCAAUCAAUGCCGCUUUUGCGUUCCUCGUUGUGGGAACGGUGUCUGUGACCUCCUUCCUGGGCAGACCCUCCUCUCUUCCCGGAGAUGACACUGUGUCCUUCAGAGGGAGGAUGCUUCUCUCGUCCACAGAAGAUCGUCCUGGGUGGGAGGUAUGCUUGUUUAUUUGUUUCACCUAAAGAUUGGAAGCUGGAGGUCAUGUGAAGCGCAGGGCGAGCCUGCUGCUCAGGUUUCUGCUGGAAGAAACCCCUCCCAAUUUAUGACAUAGUUACGACAAAUAUAUGAUGUUUCACUAAGGGUGUUAUGGGUAAUUUGGAAAACCUAUAAAAAGGGGGGGUGGCACUGUGGGUUAAACCACAGAGCCUAGGGCUUGCUGAUCAGAAGGUUGGCGGUUCAAAUCCCUGCGAACCACAGAGCCUAGGGCUUGCUGAUCAGAAGGUUGGCGGUUCAAAUCCCCGCGACGGGAUGAGCUCCCGUUGCUCGGUCCCUGCUCCUGCCAACCUAGCAGUUCGAAAGCACAUCAAAGUGCAAGUAGAUGAAUAGGCAGAAAAGUAAACGCCGUUUCCAUGCGCUGCUCUGGUUCACCAGAAGCGGCUUAGUCAUGCUGGCCACAUGACCCGGAAGCUGUACGCCGGCUCCCUCGGCCAAUAAAGCGGGAUGAGCGCCGCAACCCCAGAGUCGGUCACGACUGGACCUAACGGUCAGGGGUCCCUUUACCUUUUAUAAAAAGGGGAGCCAUCCUUUGUUCGGGGCUUCUUUCAGCUUCUACAUGGUAGUUUGAUGUUGCAACAAUAAAGAUCAGGCCUACAGGCUGCUGUUUUGCUCCUAUAAAAAGACAAAAAAAGACAGGAACAAACUGAAAGUAAACAGGGGACAAGAGGAGGAGGAGGACUUUGCAAGAGAGUGGCAUCACUUAGUCACUUUUGUUAAUUUGUCUCCUAUUUUGCAUCACCUGAGGGGUUGGGCCUCUUGGAAGUGAACUAUUUUGGCAGAUUUGAUAGUGGGACUGUCUCCCUCGGAUGGGCUCUUCUUCCUUGGAGGUUUUUAAGCAGAGGUUGGAUGGCCACGUGUCAUGGAUGCUUUAGCUGAGAUUCCUGCAUUGCAGGGGGUUGGACUAGAUAAUAAUAAUAAUAAUAAUAAUAAUAAUAAUAAUAAUAAUUUAUACCCCGCCCUCCCCAGCCAAGGCCAGGCUCAGGGCGGCUAACAAGCAAUAAUAAAAACAAGUUGAAUGAAUACAACUUAAAAACAAGAUUAAAAUACAUUAAAAUAUUGAAACAUUAAAAUAUUAAAAUGCAGCCUCAUCACAGGAGGAGAAAGGAAAAAGAAAAAAGAAAGAGGGGGAGGGAAUCAAAUUGGCUCCAAGCCAAAGGCCAGGCAGAACAACUCUGUCUUACAGGCCCUGCGGAAAGAAAUCAGAUCCUGCAGGACCCUGGUCUCAUGAGGCAGAGCAUUCCACCAGGCCGGAGCCAGUGUUGAAAAGGCCCUGGCUCUGGUUGAGGCUAAUCUAACUUCCUUAGGGCCCGGGACCUCUAGGGUGUUGCUAUAUAUGGACCUUGAGGCUCUCCGUGGGGCAUACCGGGAGAGGCGGUCCUGUAGGUACGAGGGUCCUAGGCUGUGAAGGGCUUUAAAGGUCAAAACCAGCACCUUAAAUCUGACCCUGUACUCCACCUGGAGCCAGUGCAGCUGGAAAAGCACUGGGUGAAUAUGCUCCCAUGGCAGAGACCCCGUGAGGAGCCUCGCUGCUGCAUUCAGCACCCGCUGGAGUUUCUGGGACAGCUUCAAGGGCAGCCCCACGUAGAGCAAAUUACAGUAGUCUAGCCUGGAGGUGACCGUCGCAUGGAUCAUGGAUAGAUGAUCCUCAGGGUCCCUUCCAGCUGUAUGAUUUGCUUGUGAACAGUUCUUUCUUUGCCACGCUUACCUGCCGAGGAGUAACGGGAGAUUCUUAUGACACUUGGAACCAAAGGGCCUGUUGGUGAGGGGGCAUGUAAUUUCAUAAAAGUUUUGUUUCAGUUAAUUGGUUUGUUAUAAUGAUUUUGUGUAUGCUUGCUUGUUGAGGGGGGAAAUAUAAUAGUGCAUUGCAGUUGCUCCAGCUCACUUCAUUCAACAACAGGUUACGUAUAGGUAACUCAUAACUUGCGUGCGUUUAACGGAUGCACAUUCAGCCAAAUGGAAAUAUAAUCUAGUCAGGCACUGAAAAUAGAAAAACAACUAGAACUAAACCAGGCCAGGUGGAAAAACUACUUGCCCCCAAGAAAUCUUCCUUAAAGGGAAAGUGUUCAGUGCACAAGAAGAAGCCUAAGAAUGUUAAAAUGGGACGCCGAAAGCGGUCCUCUCGGACUAGAAAAUGAAUUUCUCAAAGCUAUUUAAGCUGUUGGAGAAUUCAAACACAAAGAACUCCAGCGCAACAACCCAAAAUAAGAGCAAAAGCCCAAGCAUGUUAAAAAGCAGCUUUCUGAACUUGGCAAAAAUAAUUUUAAAAAAUAAAAAAGGUGAGGUGGGCAUCAGGGGGAAAAGGCUUUGGCGACCCAGUCUGUUUUGACUUUACACUAUUUUGCCUUUACACGCUGUUCCCAGAAAAUAACCCCACUGUAAACUGAGAGCUGCCUAUAUUUCCUUAUUCUUGAAAAACUAAUAAAAAAUAUUUUCAAAAAAUAGAGGAGGGGAGCCAGAGGGCGGCGGGCUGGUUUGGGCAGAAUUAAUUUUAAACCUGUUCUCUCCUUGGACCAUUUAUUUGUUUAUAACGGCCUCGUUUCCUUCCACAGCCUUUCACCCAGCAAGAAAUCAUUGGUUUCAUUAUCGGGUCUGUUUCGUCUGUUCUCUACCUGCUUUCCCGGGUCCCACAGAUCUACACGAAUGUAAGCUGCGCUCGGGGAAAUGGGGCAGGGUCUGUUUCAGUACCAGCGGCUCUUUCAGGCUGGCUUGGGAGGGAGGCUAAAGUAUGUCAGUGGCAGAGCAACUACUCUUCAUGUCGAAAUUCCUGGGUCAACUCCCAGUGGAUUUCCGGAUACGGCCAGGAGAGACAGGACGUCUGAAGCCCUGGGUAGCUGCUGCCAGUCAGAGAAGAUCUGGAGCUAAAUGGAGCAGUGGCAUGUCUCAGUAUAAGGGCAGCUGACUUUGCUUUUGUUUAAAUGGGCCCUUUUCUUUGAACCAUGAGGACUAGAAUUUUACUUUUUUUAAAAAAAACUUUUAUUGAUAAAUGCAAUACUUACAAACACAAAACACUAAACAAACUUAUUAUACAUAGAUACAUACACAUCUCAACUUAGAUUACAAAAAAAGAAAACAGACAAACAAACAUAAAUCUUGAUUUUCCUCCACCUGUGUGUGGCUUCCUUUGUUCCUUUUCUUCUUUUCGCUGUAUUAUAUUAUUUUUGACUAUCUCAUCUUAUACCCAUUUCUUCUUAAUUUUUUACUCUAUCAGUUUCAUUCAUUGCAUAGCAAUAUAUUAAUACCAGAACAAUGUUUUUUGCUGUAUUUCUUCACGCAAGUCCACUCCUCUAUCAGUUUUUGGUCUGGUUGGCUUCUUACCACUGCUGUAAGUCUUGCUGAUUCUAUAUAUUCACAAAAUUUUAUUUGCCAUUCUCUUAUUGAGGGAGUUCCCCCCCCCCACUUCCAAUUUUUUUGCUAUAAUCAUUCUGGCCGCAGCGGUUGCAUAUAAGAAAACUUUUCCCCUAGCGGCAGGAAUAUAGAAUUUUACUUUCUUUUUAGCAGAUGGCAGAGCAUUCUGCUUUGCUUGCACAUGGUCCGAGGUUCCAUCCCCAAUCAAAAAAGGUUGGGCUGCUGGUGAGGGGAAAGGCCCUUCCCUGGCCUGUGGCCCUGGAGAGCAGCUGCCAGUCAGAGUAGACUGUAUGGGGCUAGAUGGGUGAAUAGUCUGACCUGAUCCAAAGCAGGCUUUGCUCAUUUUCUCCAGUGGCUGCGGCUGGGUGGGAAAGUGAUCACAAGUGGCCAUCAGGAGCUCAGCUCAGUUUGGCUGCUAGAAACAAACCUUUUGCACCUGGUAGAUCUGAAGAACGCAAGUACAGCCUGGCUACUGGAUCAGACCAAUGGCUCAUCUAUUCCAGUUCUGACACCCAGAUGCCCCAAAGGGAAGCUCACAAGCCGGACCUGAGCCCAUCGCUCUUGUGAUUCCCAGCAUUCAAUAUCUAGAGUUUUACUGCCUCCAGGCAGAGCAUAGCCAUCACGGCUAGUAGCCGUUGAUUUGGGAUUCUAGUAAAAAAACAACCCAGUGUAGAUCUGAGAAGCCUGAAGUCUGCUUCUGUCUGCACGAUUCCAAACGCAUCUGCGUUGUUUGCCUUAGAUGUCCGCAAUUGCACCCCAUUCUUCCCGAUUCUCUGAUAGGUGUUCAGUCCCUGAAGGAAUUGCCAGGUAAGGCUGGGAAAAGACUCCCUGCCAGAAAACCUUGAGAGCUGCUAUUGUUGUUUUUGUUGCUGCUGCUAAUAAUAAUAAUAAUAAUUUAUUAUUUAUACCGCACCCAUCUGGCUGGGUUUCCCCAGCCACUCUGGGCGGCUUCCAACAGAACACUAAAAUACAAUAACCUAUUAAACAUUAAAAGCUUUCCUAAACAGGACUGCCUUGAUAAUUGCAAUUCCUCUUAACUUACCCUGCAGUUCAAGAGAAAAUCGACCGUCGGCAUAUCUUAUUCUCUCUUCGCUCUGGUGAUGCUGGGGAACACUUUGUACGGACUCAGCGUCCUGCUGAAAAACCCGGAUCGGGGCCAAGCUGAAGGCAGCUACGUCAUCCACCACCUCCCAUGGUUGAUUGGCAGUUUGGGAGUCCUGGCUCUUGACAUCGUUGUAUCCUUUCUCUCUCUGCCCCGACACGCCCACCCCCAGCCAGAUAUCAGAUUUUUUUACGUUUCUGCAGAGGCAAAAUCCUGUGCAGAUAUGAGAAUUCUAUAGACAAUGCAUUAUAGUGCCAUACCUUUUAAUUAUUUACCCAGGGAAUCAACUCUCUGCUUACUCAACAAAGCUUGCUGAGUGAUGUUGGGCCUAAGCUACCAAACAGGUAGCAUGGGUAAAACUGGGAUUGGGUCCACCUAUGCUCAGCUCCUGGGAGGACAAUGAGAGCAAGUGGGUCUACUCUGCUGCAUCUUCUCUUCUGCUCCUCUGCCCUGUCUUCGUGCAAAUCCAGAAUUGUGAUGAAGCAUUCCAAUGGGGCUGCGUGACGACAGCCUUACGUUUCUAUCUAUAUAGGAAGAUAUAUGCUGCUGACUUGAUUUCUUUUCUCUCUCUUUUUGCAACACCACAUUUAAGUAGCAAGGGUCUUUUUUAAAAAUAAAAGGAUUACACAGAUUAAUUUGAGGCGGACCAACGGUAAAAUCAAGAGGCACCCAAUUAAAAACUAAAAUUGGCUCUUCCUGUUGCAGAAACUGUCCUUAACUUCACCAAUUCAGAUCUCGUUUCAGUUCCUUGCCUACCGUCGGAAGAGGCUACCGUCGCUUGAAGAGAGAGAGGCUCUCCUGGGUGCGCAAGAGGAACCUACCGAAAGCUGACAAGGCACAAUUUUUAAGUGAAUGAAGAUGCUGUGAAGGCUUUCUCCAUUCCUCUGGACUUUGGAGAGCGUGCAACACAGUUAAUCCUUUACUGUUGAACAGAUCCUUCUCCAUUUCGGGGUUGGGGCUGACUACCUCUAAACGGACAAUGUUUCUAUUUAAAAGGGUAGGUUGGGGAAUUAAUCUCACAGGUUGUAAGCUGAGGAGUGAAAAUGGUGCAUUAUUUUUUUUUAAAGUGUGUUUUGGAACUCAAGGUGCACAUAGCUCCCUCUUCACAAUCACAAUCCAAAAUAAGGAAAAACGUAAUUUAAUGAGGAGGUUUGGAUGGGAUCAAAGGGAAAUCACUGCAAGUGGGGAUUGGGUAAAGCUGUAUCUCUGGGCUUCAAAGAGUUAUUUGCCAUCAUAAACACAGUCACAGGUGAAUUCUGCCAAGACCCAUCGAGGGUGAAGGGCAGAGGUCUUGUUCAGUGGCACACACGUUGGGCAUUCAUUGUGAAUAAGCGUUUUAUUUGCACAGAUGGAUAAAUAUGAAAAUAAACUUAACCCCGCUUUCUAAUCAUGUCUGGAUGCAUUGGGAGAAGACGAAACAGAACAGUGGACAGCCAAGGAAGCUCAAUGUUGGAAGAUUCGGGGCAGGUAAAAUUUUUCACCCAGCACAUAGUUAAAAGUGUGGAACUUGCCCCCAUAGGUGGCAGUCACAGCCACCAACUUUGAUGACUUGGUGUUGGAGUAUUGGAUAAAUUCAUAGAGAAGAGGGCUAUCCAUAAUGGAGGCAGUAGUGUUUCUGGAUAGCAGCUGCUAGAAAUGGAGAGGGCUGGUUUUCCAUUGGGGCAUCUGGUUGGCCACUGUGAAAACAGGAUGCUAGACUAGAUGGGCCAGCAAUAAGUAACCAAACAAACCCCCGUGUUGCAAAGAGCACGUCAGCAAUGUCUAGGCAACACGAUGACCAUAGACAUACGUAAUAGACAGUCUUUAUAGAAUUCCUUCAAACGAUAACAAGUACAAAAUUUAGCAAUUCUAUAUUCUCCCACCACGCUGACGAAGAAUUCUACAAAACAGUAGUCAAUAUCCAGAACCACUGUUCAGUGUUGGACAUCAUAUUUGUUGAAUACACAAAGCUUCACAGCUUGUCUUUCAUCAUACACAGUUUGGUACCUCGCUUCAUUUAAAGAUUUUCAGAGACUUUGAGACUAAAGAUUUCAUUUAGUACUUUUUAUGGUUUGAAGGAAUUCUAUAACAUAUGUCUAUGGUCAUCGUGUUGCCUAGACAUGCUGACGGACUAGAUGGGGCAGCAGAUCAUUCUCUUACGUUGUUAAUCUUGGCCACAAUCUCACUCCUCUCUUCAGUGUCGAUAUUUGAACAGGAUAGGUUUCCUGGGGGUGUUUUAGUCAGCCUAAACUCUGGAAAGGUGAGGGUGUGUCCCCCACAAAAGGUAAAGGGAUCCCUGACCAUUAGGUCCAGUCACGAACGACUCUGAUGUUGCGGCGCUCAUCUCACCUUACUGGCCGAGGGAUCCGACGUCAUGUGGCCAGCAGGACUAAGCCACCUCUGGCGAACCAGAGCAGUGCACGGAAAUGCCGUUUACCUUCCCGCCAGAGUGGUACCUAUUUAACUACUUGCACUUUGACGUGCUUUCGAACUGCUAGGUUGGCAGGAGCAGGGACUGAACAACGGGAGCUCGCCCCGUCACGGGGAUUCAAACUGCCAACCUUCUGAUCGGCAAGUCCUAGGUGCUGUGGUUUAGACCACAGCGCCACCCAUGUCCAUAACAUGUUGACUGCAAAAAUGAUACUAGAAAACUCUGGUUGUGAAUACAGAAGUAGGUGACCUCUAGUACAACUCAAGCUAGCCCAUCACUCUUCCCAGGAAAUACUUCGCUGCUUUAAAAUGUAGGUAGGUUGUUUAGUUUGAAUUGUGGAGGAAAACACCUCAAACACCUCAAAACAGUAGGAGCUUUCUUCACUCUUUUAACAGAGACCUCUUUCCCUCCCAGCACUGCAAUUCUCAGAGCUCCCUGUGGGGAGGGACGGGCUGCUAAACCACUUUGGGAACUGUAGUUCUGAGAGGGUAAAAUUUUCCCCCUAACUACUUUCAACAACCUUAACAAAACUACAGCCAUGACUGUUUAAAAGUGGUAUUGUAGAACUCUAAAUGCAUGGUGUGAAUGUGGCCAGUCUUUCAACAUAGCCCAGUGUUUUUCGAAUUUGGAUCUCCACCUGUUGUUGGACUACAACUCCCAUGAUCCCUGACCACUGGUCCCGCUAGCUGGGGGCGAUGGGAGUUGUAGUCCAGUAACCUUUGGGGAGAGUGCAGUUUCCCUGACCAUGCUAGACAGGCUAUCCCACUGACUGACUUGUUACAAGCACCACCACAUGUCAAACAAACCCCCUGUAAGGAACGUGCAAAAACUGUGAACUUCCCAACGCAAGUUUUCACAUUUUUUUGUGGUUUAUUUUAUUUUUUAUUUUUAAGUAUGGAGGCUCAAGUAUAAGAUGUAGAUUCCGAUUUAAGCAUUACAAAUAAAAUAAAAAUAACCGGGGAGGGGUGGGUUUAAAAAAUUUUCUGCAUUCCAUAGAAAUCAAAACAAGAGAAGGGAUUUGGGGGCGGGGGAGAGAGAAAGCACCUCACUGUCCCCAUUAAGAAAGAACAUCUUGCAGCCAUCACCAACUCAGCAAAAUUCCUCACAGCUCAAAAAGUCGGGGGGUGGGUGGGAGAGAGUUUACUUCAGCCUUCUGCACCCCCCCUCCCGCACAGCCCCCCACCCCCAAACAUACAUGGAACAAUUUCUUUUCCAGUUUUUCGUUUUCCUCUUUCACACACCACAGUAUAUAAUAAAGUUUUUUUGUUGUU